CAGCCGGAACGCUUCCCUGUGGAGCUGCGGCUGCUGUGCACGGCUCCAGGACAAGGGGAGACGCUGGGAAAAGCACAACACACACAUAUAGGGCAAGCAGUGGCUACCAUCCCUCUCCUGUGGCUUGUAUGCCCUCAGAUGCCCUGCCUGUGACAUCCAUGGAUGGAAAGCCAGGAUAUCAUCAGUGACUCCUCAUUAACUAUUGGAUUACCAUUGACAGUGGCUGCAGAUGAUGAAUUUCCCUGCAAGGUCAAUGCUGGCUUUCCUGUGUGCAGCACUGAGGGUUUGAAAAUACAAGAACCCGUCUUUGAUCUGUUAAGCUGUUGCCUUAUAAAAUACAGUAAUUCUGCCUGAAGAUUCUGUCCAACAAAAUCAGAUUCCAUGGGGACUGUACCGGAUCCUUCAGGAUCUGACAAGUCAUCACCCUCGUUGACAGAGGAGGAAUGCCUUGCUAGAGAAAUAUCCCAGGAGGAUGCUCUUGAGCUUAAACGGGCAACAUCAAGCAAUGGGAAUGUUGCACAAAUAACAGGUACAUGUUCUUCAGAUCUGAAUUGCAAACUAUCGACAGAAAGUCCUGGUAUUGAAAAUAUAUGUGAGCAUGAAGACCAGCAAACCAAUGAAACAUUGUCAUCGUUCAGGACUUGUACACAAUCAGAUACCCAACCUCCCUUAGAUUUAACAAGCAAAGAGGCACAAGCCAUCCAUGAAACUAGUCAACAUGCUGCCAGUUCUAACAAUACAAUACAGUCACAAACAACUACUGUAUCAUCUGUUGUUACAGACAUGACAUUGCCAAUUGAGGAACCACCAACAGAAGAGAGUGGCUUGCCAAAAGGUGUAACUUUGGUACAAAUAGCAACAGAAACUCAAGUAGAGAGCAGAAGAUCAAGCACACAUAUAUCUGAAAUGACCCAAAAUAUGGAUAAUAAAUCAUUAGGCAGUGACAAAAAUGGGCACAUUCCUUCUCCUAGUGAAGAAACAUUAACUGAGAAUACACAGACAGAAACAAGUCUCAACUCAGAUCCAGUACAAGAUGUAGCAAACAUAGAAGAUAAUAACAUUGAACCUCUUGUAAUGCAAUGUUCACAGAUUAGCCGGACUGAGGAAGAGGUGAAUACAAAUGGGGAUCAUGAUACCGUGGAAUUACAGUUGGUUUGCAAGUUUAAGGAAAUGGGUACAAUGACAUCACAGCUCGAGAGCUGGGCUAAACAAGACGCUGAAGUACAAGCUGUAGCAAAUGUAGAAAAUAAAUCGGUGUCCACCAGCCCAAGUAUAUUUUCUGCAUUUCUGAAAUCUAGCUCACCAGUUCUUAAAGACAGGCAAGAACAAGUAUGUAUAUUCUAUCAGGGUAAUACAGGGAAUCCUCAGAUUGACCGAGCUAAUUUUGCAUUGCAUUCUCAACUGUCCCAAAACCAUUUAACUCCAAAAGUAUGUUUUCAGCCUCCUGAUGCAAUGGGUCCUCAGCCUCUCCAGUUGCACACAAAAAGUCCCCCAGAUAUGAUACGAUCCCCCUUUCAGAGACCAGAACUAACAAGAAAUUCGCAGGUUUUAUAUAGAAGUGAAUUAGACGGACAGGGAUUAUGUCUUAGAGAAAACCACCCAAUGCCACAGAUGCAAAUGGCUAAUGCCUCCCCAAUUUUAAUGAAUGUAAAACCUGUUUACCAAAUCAACAUAGACAAUAGUAAUCAACCGAAAGCUUGCCAGAUGGCAAAGGACAAGUUCAGUGAGCAGUCCCAGUUCAGGGCAGCUCAUGAACUGGGCAGCAAAGCUAGGCUCCAUCAUUUAAGUGGAAUAGAAAACAUUCAGUUACAUAACAUUCGCCAAGACAAUGAGCAGACAGACACUCUUAGCAUCCCAGGUGAAGGUAGUUCUGAUAGGAAACCUUUUCAUUUUAAGAUUACCAAUGAGCAGGGUUCCACCCAGGCUAUCAUCACCACAGAUAUAAAAAAGCCAAAGAAGGAAGAAAGACCAACUCCACUUCAUGUUGAAGUUGAAGUCAACAGCAGUAUUGGAGCUACUGGAGGUCAAGUAGAGGAAAUACUUGAAGUUUUGGUUAGGAAGGAUCAAGAUGAAGGAGAACAUGCCAAAAGGUCGAGCAGUCUAAGUCUGCAAACCAGACCAGCAACAGACUUCAAUCAAAGUUCAGUACAACUCACACCCCGACAAAGAAAAGCUAGGGAAGAGAAAAAGGAACCAAUUCUGGUCACCUUACCUACCUCUGAACCUCCCAAGUCACAUGGAAAAAAGUCAAGUCCAAGUUCAAGUGGAGAGUCUAAAAGCCAGGCAAAGCAGCCAGCUAAGAGUGUAAAAGAUGUGGUAUGGGAUGAACAGGGCAUGACAUGGGAAGUUUAUGGAGCUUCUAUGGACCCAGAGGCCUUAGGGAUUGCUAUACAGAACCACUUGCAAAGACAAAUCAGAGAACAUGAGAAGAUGAUUAGGGCUCAAUUAAAACAAAACCGUAAAUCAAUCUGUUCCGAUUCUUCAGGGAAAAAGCACAAAAGAAGACAGCACAGGGUAUUUCAAUCAAUACUGAAGAAUUUUAGACGGCCCAAUUGCUGUAGUCAUCCUCCUCCUUCUGCUGUCAUAGAGUAACUUUCUGUAGCAUUGUUGACAUUUAUUGCCACAUCAACUAGUAGACAAAUAUGUUUCUUUGCACUUAAGAAUGUCAUGGAAUGUUUUUUUAUUUGAUUACUGUACAGGGUUUAGGGUGAUUACUGCGUCACCCUUAUUUUUAUUUUCACUAUAGGGUGGACAUUAAUGGAUACAUUCACACGUUGUCUUUCCAACACCAACAUUUGAUAACAGUUUUGUAUGUAUUGAAUUUGUAUUUUCAUCUCAAUAGGCAAACAGAAUUAGGCUGAGCUGCUGAAAUGUCAAUAAGUGUGCCAUUAAAUGCAGUGCCAGAAACGCCUUUUCACAUCGGCCUUGUUUGACUCUGAAGUUAAAAAUAGAAUGAGUGAUGAUCAGUUGUAUAUAAGAGCAAUAUAAAAGCACCACAGAUGUCUGCACCAUAUUAGUAUUACAUCCUCACCUUCGAUACAUUCUUUCUCCAGAAAAAGGGUCUUUUACAGUAAACAACCCAAAAGAAGAAAAGUAUAGACAGGUCAAGUUUUGCACAGUAUCACACUUUACUAGGGUUCCUUCAUACGCCUUUGAAAGUAAACAGAGAACCAUCCAGAAAAAGAAGAGCAAUUAAAAUGUAUUUACAGGCAAGACAUUGGCCACUUCUGUUAUAAUUCUAAAAAUCUUAGGCACCGUUUUUAAAAGAUAAAAAAUUAUGUCAGACCAUGUGUUGUUAGUAAUGUACUGGGUUGACAACCUUAGUUUUAGUUUUUUACUGGCAAAAAUCAGAUAAUAUUUUUUAAUAUAUUAAACAAAUUUUGGAACCUACAAGAUUCUUUUAUUGCAAAUAGUACAUUAUACUACUACUAGGGCUAGAAAGACAUUUUAGUUUUUUCUUAGCAAUUCAAAUUAUAAUGAUAAUGAUAAUAUUACUAUUACAACUACUUAUUGUACUACUGUUUCAACCAGCGACACAUUAAGGCUAUCAGAAUCAUUGAAGUUUAUAAUUAUUUACUUCUGUUCACAUUGGUUAUUCUAAUUGUACACUGGUACUAAAACAAUACAUUCACAAAGUUUUCAGGCCCUUUCACUUUUCACAUUUUGUUAUGUUGAGGAUUUUUGCUAAAAUAAAAUAAAAUUCAUGUUUUCUUCUAUCAUUCUGCAUUUAAUACCCCCAUAAUGACAAAGUAAAAACUGAAUUUAAGAAAUUUUUGCAAAUUUAUUAAAAAGGAAAAACUACAAUUUUGGAGGGAUAUAAAUAUUGAGAUCCUUUGCUAUGAUACUAGAAAUUUGGCACUUGGUGGCUGAUUGGACAUCAUUUAGAAAGACACUCCCUGUCUAAAUACAGUCAUGGCCGUAAAUGUUCGCACACCUGAAAUUUUUCUAGAAAAUGAAGUAUUUCUAACAGAAAAGAAGUGCAGUAACACAUG